GAGAAGCCUGAUAAGUACAGUAUAACUGACUUAUAGAAUACAUUUUACAUGAAGCCACAGGCCAUUCACUUGUUGGGCUUUGGUGGUAACUGAAAUUGAGGUUGGCCGCGAUGUGCCGAGUGCCAGCAACCGAACUGCUGCAGCGGCUGGUGGCGGGCAAGCGGCUUCUGGGCAUCUCGGUGACGCCGCUUUCGGUGGAGGUCGCGGCAGUGGGGCCUCCCUACGUGUCAGGGGCGCUCAUACGGACGGGGCGCUUCCUUUCUCCCGAGGAGCUCAAGGUGGCCCUGCUCGAGUCCCAGGCCGACGCCGUACUGCUGGGAGGCUCCGGCGCCUUCCGCACAGACGGCACCACGCAGCUGGGUGUGCGCAAGCUGGUGUCACAACUGCGCGGCCUGGUCUACCACAGCGACUGGCUGCCCAGCCCCGCACUAGUCGGCGCCGCCGCCGGGGCGGCCACUGCACUGGCCACAGCCCCUGUGACUGCGGCAGCAGCGGUUGCCUCCGCGGGUGGUGCCACGCCCACCACAGCUGUCAGCGUCGCAAACGGCAGUAGCGGCCUUGGCAGCGGGGAUCAGAUAGGCGCGGCGGUGUGUGUGCCGGUGUGGUACUGCCGGCGCGGUGAGGAUGACCCGGUGGCAAUGCUGGUGGAGUAUGUGCAGGCUCAUACGACGCCACAGCAGCGGCUGGCGAUACGGGCCAUGGUAGGCGCUGGUGCCAACUCAGCUCCUGCAGGCGGGAGAGGCGGAGGACAUCUGGGCGGCAGUCACUCUGGGGGCGGUCGCGGAAGCGAUGGCACCCCAGCAGCCGGGUAAUGCUGUGGCGACCAGGAAAGCUUCUGGGUGCUCAGGUGCCUCUUCCCGGCGUCUGACGAGGCCGUUUUAUGCACGUGCGAAUCUGAAGGACCGUGACGUGUGCGUUGUUACAGCCUGGACCAAAUCAAGACAAGGACUGCGACGAGUGCUGAAGCGCUGGCGUCGGGUGCAGGAGAACUGUGAUGCCCCUGUGACGCUAUAUGGUAAUUUUACAUGGACAUACAAAUGCAUUUGCGGAAUGGCUGUAUGUGAUGUUUAUAUCCUCGAUACCAGGCGUGCCUGGGAGUGCACAUCGGUUUCAGCACAUCGGUUUCAUCCAGCAGCUUGGGGGGCAGGCCAUGUCGGGGCCGGGCUGAGUGUGUGCAAACACUCUAGAGUGGAUCCCGUGGAAUGGACUCCGCGCCUUUAAACCGAUGCAUUGCAAAUCAUUUUAUACGUGUGGUCAUCAAAAUUGUACAGCGCGUUCCUGGUUCUGCCGAGACCCGUCUGCACGUUCUACGAGACACAGUGCAACACUGGCGCUUCUCUGAUAAAUGACUAGCAUGCAUCCUUUUGAGUAGAACU